CCAAGUCGUCGUCGACCCCUACAGCAUCUUCCUAAAAUCUACGGAUAUCUCUAAUUAGAUUUUGUCUAUAUAAACCAAGAGAAGACAGUAUAAUCUUCCCAUAGACAUCGAAAUCAUCAUCCAGAGACAUACACAACCUUCUCUUUUGUUGAAAACAGCGUAAACAACAUGAAGCAAAAAAUUGUUAUCGAGGUACAGAUGCACUGCUCCAAGUGUAGGUCCAAAGCUCUUAAACUCGCUGCAGUGGCAGACGGUAUAGUUGAUUUUGUGGGAUUAGAAGGCCCAGAAAAGGAUCAAGUGGUAGUGAUUGGGCACAAUGUUGAUUCUGCUGGCUUGACAAGUACUUUGAGGAAGAAAGUUGGGCAUGCAAAAAUCAUCAAAAUUGAAGAGGUGAAACCUGAAGAAGAAAAGAAAAAGAAAGAAGAAGAAGAAAAGAAAAAGAAAGAAGAAGAAAAAAAACUUUGCACCGUAUAUCCCUAUCCAUAUUUUGACAAAGUUAUUGUUUACGAGGAUGAUUAUCCAGCAAACAAUGGAAACUGUUGUCAAAUGUGAUGAGUUCAGUUUGCAGUUGGCUUUCUUGUGUGAUUUUGUAUGUUUUGGUACCCAAUUUAGACUAAGAAGAUGCUUAAUGUUUAGCAUCAAAAUUAGUCACUAGUAGUUUGUAUCACUUUUUACAGUAGAAAUGUUUAGCAUCUGGGUGGUUUUGCCCAAAUUAUCA